GAAUUUUUCACUCAUUCGUCUAACUCUGAGAGAAUAAUUAGUCAUCUGAAAUUUACAGUCAGAUUCUCUAUUUGUUGCCAUUACAAAUUGAUUCAAAGCGACAAAGAUGUCGAUGUAUACAACCCCGAUAUUGUACCUGAAUAUGGGUGGAGAAAUGUUGUACGUCUUGCAGCAAAGAUUAAAUGCUCAAGGAAUUGAUUUUAACAAAAGCGUACAAGUCUUGGAUGAUGUAACGGCUGCAUUAUUGAAUCCAAAAAUUUUGACUACUGUGUUCGAGCCAUCUGAACCUACAAGUGCUUCUUGUAUUCGAUCCACUUUGGAAUGUGUAGCUUUGUCAUCAAUUAUGAGACUCGACAAAGCAAGUAUGGACAAGUUGUUCGAUCUAAUGAUUAUGCUGACCAAGUAUCAACUCACCGUGAGCACGGGACCAAGAGAAGUGAUUCUUCUGAUACUCAAUCACAUUGAUGCUAUGCGAGAGAUUGCGGUGGAUAAGAAUGCUCACGAAUGCGUUAAUUUAGUGCAUCAAAUGGUUGUUAAUUUGUACGGUAACAUGACCAUGGGCCAAGUUUGGCAAACACGAAAAGACUGUUUGAAGGUCCUCGACGAAUAUCAUGUCAGAGUUUCAGUUCUAUUAAGAUUGGGUCUUCAGAAUAACGACGCAACCUUCAACAUUAAUUCUGUACAGUACAAUGAGAAUUACACAAAGUAUCAAGAUAUGCUUGAAGGCAUUAAGCUGAAUGACACAGAUUGCGAAAAUUGUGCUAUUGGCUCUUUUGCCCUGUUUGGAAAUCGUGGUACUAUACUUGGAAAAAAUGUAUAUUCUCCUUCAUACGGGCAAAUACAAUGUAGUGCAAGGAAUGAGCAACAGUCACCUAAAGAUCACGGAAUCAGAAGGGAAUUAAAGAUGCUCGAGGCCCAAUUGGGGGUCAAAGAAGAAGCGCCUGCGAAAACAUUUCAUCUAAACUUAUUUACAGAGAAUAUUUCUAGCGAUGACAAAAAUUUGAAUACUGAUGAUAUGCAGUCCGAAAAUACAGAUAAAGUUAGUAGCUUGCUUACAGAAGAGCUCAAAUCAAAUAAGGAAUACAAAAACACAUUAAAUAACAUAUACGCAGACUUUGUUGUAACCGAACAGCAAACCAGCAUCAAUUUACUAGAAUUGCUUGAUAAAAUUGAAUGAAUUUUAUUGAUACUAAACAGUCAAUAAAUUUUCAAUAAUAACCUACAGGCAGUUAAGAAAUAUGAGCAGUAAUCGUAAGUGUACACAUAUUUUUUAUAGAGUGCAGAGCGUG